AUGGCCUGCCAACAACCCGCCAUGGCACCCGACAGCACACACACCUCGGGCGACUCCGGGCUCGUCCGGUUCCUCUCGCGCGCCUCGCAAGCACCCCCCCGCACAUCCUCGCCCUCCGGAGGCGGCGCCGACCUCGAGCGGCUCGGGCGCGUGCGCCCGGCCUGCUUCGGCAGCUGGUGGGCAGAGCUCUCCUUCGUGGUGACGGUGGUGUCGUCGAUGAUGAUGAGCGAGUACUGGAUCUCCGGGUUCAACAUCAUCCUGCCGCCGGUGUCGCGGGACCUGGGCAUGGCGGACGCGGAGCGCACGUGGCCGGCGUCGGCCGUGAACCUGACGACGGCGGCGCUGCUGCUCGUCUUUGCGCGGCUGGCCGACAUGCACGGCGGACGGGCCGUGUUCCUCGCGGGCCACGCGUGGAUGUGCGCGUGGUGCGUCGUCGCGGGCUUCAGCCGCAACGGCGUCAUGCUCAUCGCGUGCCGCGCCAUGCAGGGCGUCGGCGCCGCCGCCUUUGUGCCCGCGGGGCUGGCCCUGCUCGGGCAGACGUACCGGCCGGGCCCGCGCAAGAACCUCGUCUUCGCCGUCUGGGGCGCGCUCGCGUGCGUCGGCUUCUACGUCGGCAUCUUCAUGGGCGCCGUCACCGCCCAGUUCCUCACCUGGCGCUGGUUCUUCUGGCUCGGCGCCGUCUUCGUCGCCGCCAUCGUCGCUGCCGGCUUCUGGAGCAUCCCGCGCGACCUGCACGCGCUCGACCCCAGCAUCCGCAUGGACUGGCUCGGCGCCGGCACCAUUGUGCCUGGCGUCACGCUCGUCGUCUUUGCGCUGACGGACGGCGGCCAGGCGCCCCAGGGGUGGAAGACGCCGUACGUGUACGUGCUGCUCGUCGUCGGCCUGCUGUUCCUCGCCGCCGCCGUGUACGUGCAGGGCUGGGUGUCGGCGCAGCCGCUGCUGCCGGCGGACCUGUUCCGGCCGAAAUAUAUGAAGCGGCUGUGUGUCGUGCUUUUUUGCGCCUACGGCACGUUUGGUCUCUUUUUGUUUUACAUUUCCUUUUACAUUGAGACGGUGCUGCACACGACGCCGAUCCUGACCGCGGCGUGGUUCACGCCCCUCGCCGUCGGCGGCGUUAUGCUCGCCGUCACGGGCGGCUUCAUCAUGCACCUGCUGCCCAACCGCAUCCUGCUUCUCAUCUCCACCGUCGGCUUCCUCAUCAGCGUGCUGCUGCCGCCGCUCAUCCCGGACCAGACCGGUCCUUCCCCCCUGUCCACGUCCAAGCUCUACUGGGCGUACAUCUUCCCGGCCAUGCUGUGCGGCACCAUUGGCGUCGACAUCAUGUUCAACGUCACCAACGUCUUCAUCACCACGGCCAUGCCGCACCGCCACCAAAACGCCGCAUCGGGCCUCAUCAACAGCCUGCUGUACCUUGGCCAGGCCUUUUGGCUCGGCAUCGCCGAGCUCGCCGUCUCGGCGUCCAUUCAGACCCAGGGCGCCGACAAGCUCGGCCUGCGUGCGCAGUACCAGAUUGGCUUCUGGCUCGGCGUCGGGCUGUCGGCGCUGGCGCUCGUGCUGACGGCGACGAUCAAGAUGGGGUCGGCGUCGGCGGCGCUGACGGCGGAUGAAAAGGCGGCGCUUAGCGAGGCCGAGACACAAGAGAAGCAGUAG